GGGCAGAGGCGAGAAGUGUUGUCAGGAAUUCUCCGAAGCCUUCUGUUGAAAGUUAUCAUCUGCUGCUCCGUCGCGCUGAAAUGGUAGACUCUUCCGAGGAAGUUCUUGGUGUGCUUCAGGACAUGGACGAUGCUGGUGUCAAGGCAACUCCUAUAACGCACAGGUUGGCCAUCUCAAGUAUGCUGAAACGUGAUGAUACCGUUGCAGCGAUCGAGUUGGCACAAGUCAUGGAGCAAAGCGAAGGACGACUAGAUGCAAUGAUCAUGGUUAACCUCCUUAAAUCAGUUUGCCGAAAGGGCCAACAUGAUGCUGCCCUCAAGUUUCUGCGAGACUCGCUCAAGUCGUCCGAAGUGGAUGUGACUCUCAAUGAUAGUUACCUGCGCAUCUACCAUGCUCUUAUUGAAGGUAUGAUGGACAUUGGCCGUGUACGAGAUGCUGAAAACCUUAUGGAGGAGAUGUGUGCGGUCUGUCAACCAAUCAUCAAGACGUGGCAACUCAUGAUCGAGGGCUAUAUCAAGGCGAAUCGGCUGGCUGACGCUGCAAAGGCAUUCUCAGUCAUUGUUGAGCAGCCCUUACUGCGGAAACGCUCGGAAUCGGGCGAUAGACGUAUCGACAAUAUCAUUGCUUCACUCGUUCAUGCUUUCCUACAAAAGGACAUGUAUCACGAGGCAGAACGGCUGGUUAGCCAGUGUGUGGAGCACGGCGACUGGCGGGGGACGAAUACAAAAAUUUGGCGGCACUUCAUUGAGUACUUGUGCUCACCAGCUGUAGGCCGGACCGAGGAUGCAUGGGACUUGUUUCGAUUCCAAGUGGGCAAGAUCCCCUCGGCUCAACAGCAUUUCCUUUACAAGGACAUGCUGGAAUUCGGCUGUCUCAACUUGAGUGAUACUCAGGCUGCAUCAACAUUGCUGGCGGAGAUCAAGGAGAAGUCGAUUGUAUUUGAGCAAUACGAGUCGGCCUGGUUCAUGCACCUGGCUAUGCAACAUGGUGAUAGGCUCCUUGCUGAGGAGAUUUUGGAGAGUAUCGAAAAGCAACUCAAGGAAAGGGGUGAACGGAAGGGUCCGAGGCUGAUUGGAACUAUUGAACGGUGGUCCCUGUAGCCGGCUGGCACGGUUGCGAACCAGCCAAGUGGAGCAUGAGCAUCAAUUUCCUGAGUCGAGUCUCUGGACUUUUGAGUCUUGACUCUUGGAUGCUGCUUUCGAGAGGAUUUAAGCAUACUGCAUACACCUAGCAUCCGGCAAUUGCUGUACAAUACAGUGUCAGUACUGUUAGAGGAAAGGAACCUGGUGAGCAUUAAUUUUCUAUCACACUGAGACGGAGUUGAUCUGCAGACCUUCUUAGUUGAGUCAUUUGGCAAACCAUCAGGCUGUAUUAUCAAGGUGAAAAAUAGUGAAAUGUCACUCGGGCUGUGCACAUUGGCUCUAGCACGGAUGAGGCGAAGCUUCCUGCAAGUUCCUGUAGCUGCGCCGUCGCGGCGUUCAGAUGCCACCAGCGAUGUCUCACGACUUUUGCCGGUGUCAUCUUAUCGCACACACUUCCUGCUUUGUGUAUGUCGUUGUACGACAGCUCUCAGCUGCUCUGCUCAAUAUG